AAUAAUAAGGAUAACUCCAAAAAAAAAGUGUCUGCCAUAACCUCAUCUCAUCGCAAUUUCUCCCCCACUCAUGACUUUCUGAAAACUUUUUUCGUCAAAAAAUCUUUCAUCAAGCAAAAUCCAUGGCGAGGACUCUAAUUUCAUCACAUCCCUUCAUCGGCACUCCACUUCUAUCAUCAAAAAGCUUUCGCCGUGGUGGCCUGUAUACACUCCCUAACUCUAGACUUGCCUCCACCAGAAUCCGUCUAAGCUUCAACGAAAUCCCUCCGGUUACUUCACUUGAUUCUUCCGUCGAUUUCCAAGCACUUUUUACCAAAGCCGAGAGCCUCCUAUACACUAUCGCCGACGCUGCUGUUGCGGCGGAUCCAGCCGCCACCGCUGCCGGGUCCACUGACGCUGCCGCGCAGAAAAAUGGUGGUUGGUUCGGCUUCAUCGCUGAAUCAAUGGAAUUUGUUCUCAAGGUGUUGAAAGACGGAUUAUCGGCAUUACACGUGCCUUACGCGUAUGGAUUUGCGAUUAUAUUACUCACGGUUGUAGUUAAGAUUGCUACAUUUCCUUUGACAAAGCAGCAGGUGGAAUCAACGCUAGCUAUGCAAAAUCUUCAACCAAAAAUAAAAGCUAUCCAACAAAGAUAUGCUGGAAAUCAGGAGAGAAUACAACUCGAAACUUCUCGCUUGUAUAGGCAGGCUGGGGUUAAUCCUUUGGCAGGUUGCUUCCCUACUUUAGCCACUAUUCCAGUCUGGAUAGGCCUGUAUCAAGCUCUUUCAAAUGUGGCAAAUGAGGGAUUGUUGACGGAAGGCUUCUUUUGGAUCCCUUCGUUGGGUGGGCCAACUACAAUUGCUGCUCGACAAAGUGGGUCUGGAAUUUCUUGGCUUAUUCCAUUUGUGGAUGGCCAUCCACCAUUGGGUUGGCAUGACACUGCUGCAUACCUUAUUUUACCUGUGCUUCUUGUCGUCAGUCAAUAUGUUUCAAUGGAGCUGAUGAAGCCGCCCCAGACGGAUCCAGCCCAAAAGAAUACACUUCUAGUUCUCAAGUUUCUUCCCCUUAUGAUUGGUUACUUUUCGUUAUCUGUUCCGUCAGGAUUAUCAAUUUACUGGUUUACAAACAAUGUCCUUAGCACUGCACAACAAGUGUGGUUACGCAAAUUAGGUGGUGCAAAACCUGUUGUUGAUGAGAGUGCUAGUGGAAUUAUUACCGCAGGACGUGCAAAACGUUCAGCCGCUGAGACAGAACGUCGCGGGGAUAGGUUCAGGCAAUUAAAAGAAGAAGAGAAGAAGAAGAAGAAAGUAAGCAAGGCUCUAUCAGCAGAUGAGGUUCAGGCUUUAGAUUCAGCAUCUGAUUCUGAUGGGGAGUCAGAUGAUGAGAUAAAGGACAAGGAUGGUGAGACUCUUGAAGAAGCAUAUGCUUCCAAUGAAAGCAAACAAGUCCCUAAUAAUUCGCAGCCGAGACGAAGCAAGAGAACUAAGCGGAAGCGUGCUGUAUAAGAAGAUUGUACACUGAAUUAUUUUAGCUUAGGGUGAGUUGUGCAUAUCUAAAGAAGUGUAUUAUUUUUAUGUAGUGGCAAUUUUGAUGUUGGCUCAUUCAAGAUAUUUUGCAAAAUCAUGAAAACAACUGUCUGAUUAAAAAAAACACCACUUCCAUGCUCCAGAAGGCCCGUAUUUUUCUAAUUUCAGUCGUUAUUCAGGUUGAGAAAA